AAGUCAUGACGAGUGGGCUAAAUGUGAAAAAGCUGCCAGCCACAACCAGAAAGUUGUUCAACAUCAGGUUGUCUGCUCCAGAGAAGUGAUUUAUAAGUGUAAAAAAUGCAGGAAGUCCUUCAAUCAAAGCAGUACCUUCACUCAACACCAGAGAGGUCACACUAGUGAAAAACCUUAUGAAUAUAGUGAAUUUGGGAAAUCUUUUACCUGCAAUAAUCACCUCCUUAUCCACAGGAGAAUUUACACUGGAGAAAAGCCAUAUAAGUGUAGUGACUGUGGGAAGUCAUUUACACACAGGUCUACCCUCAUUUAACACCAAAGAGUUCACACUGGAGAAGAGCCAUAUGAGUGUAGCGAAUGUGGGAAGCAUUUCAGAGAAAAGGCUGCCCUCACUAAACACCACAGUGUUCACACUGGAGAAAAGCCAUAUGAGUGCAGUGAAUGUGGGAUAUCCUUUCGUCAAAAGUGUCACCUCACUGUGCACCAAAGAGUUCACACUGGAGAAAAGCCAUAUGAGUGUAGCGAAUGUGGGAAGUAUUUCAGAGAAAAGGCUGCCCUCACUAGACACCACAGAGUUCACACUGGAGAAAAGCCAUAUGAGUGUAGUGAAUGUGGGAAGCAUUUCAGACAAAAGGCUGCCCUCACUAUACACCACAGAGUUCACACUGGAGAAAAUCCAUAUGAGUGUAGUGAAUGUGGGAUAUCCUUUCGUCGGAGGUCUCACCUCACUAAACACCACACAGUUCACACUGGAGAAAAGCCAUAUGAGUGUAGUGAAUGUGGGAUAUCCUUUCGUCAAAUGUAUAACCUCACUAUACACCAAAGAGUUCACACUGGAGAAAAGCCAUAUGAGUGUAGUGAAUGUGGGAAGCAUUUCCGUGAAAGGGCUGCCCUCACUAUACACCACAGAGUUCACACUGGAGAAAAGCCAUAUGGGUGUAGCGAUUGUGGGAAACAUUUCAGAGAAAGGGCUACCCUCACUAUACACCGCAGAGUUCACACUGGAGAAAAGCCAUAUGAGUGUAGUGAAUGUGGGAAGCAUUUCAGACAAAAGGCUGCCCUCACUAUCCACCAACGAGUUCACACUGGAGAAAAGCCAUAUGAGUGUAGCGAUUGUGGGAGGCAUUUCAGACAAAAGGCUGCCCUCACUAUACACCAACGAGUUCACACUGGAGAAAAGCCAUAUGAGUGUAGCGAUUGUGGGAAACAUUUCAGACAAAAGGCUGCCCUCACUAACCACCGCAGAGUUCACACUGGAGAAAAGCCAUAUGAGUGUAGUGAAUGUGGGAAGCAUUUCAGUGAAAGGUCUGCCCUCAGGAAACACCACAGAGUUCACACUCGAUAA